ACAGGACAAAAGUAGACGAGGCAGGUGAGUGUAGGUUCUGGUGAUUAAAAGCUUCCUUCUCGGUGGCAAAGGCACACACUGAAGUCUGCUCAGUUGAAGGAAGCCAGAGGCACAGCGAGCCACUGCCUGAUGGAGUCUCCAGCUGUCACAUCUAUGCUAUAGGAAUGUUAUAAAGACCAUCUCUGUGUGAAAUCUUAAUCUACAGGUUGCCACCACUAAAGGCUUCUUCAGAGACUUCUCUGGGAGACUGCAAGAGAGAACAGAUCCCAAAGGAUAAGAGUCACGGCCAUGGUGCCCUCGGUGGUGUUCUGGGGACUUAUUGCUCUCGUUGGCACUGCCAAGGGCUCAUAUACUCACUCUGUGCACUCCAUGAACCCUCAUGUGCACCCUCGUCUGUACCAUGGCUGCUAUGGGGACAUCAUGACCAUGGAGACUUUUGGGGCCCCCUGCGACAUAAAUAAUCUGAUGAACUGUGGGAUCCACGGUUCGGAAAUGUUUGCCGAGAUGGAUUUGAAAGCCAUAAAACCUUACCGGAUCCUCAUCAAAGAAGUGGGGCAGAGACACUGUAUUGACCCAGCCCUCAUCGCUGCCAUCAUCUCCAGGGAAAGCCACGGCGGGGCUGUCCUGCAAAAUGGCUGGGACCAUAAGGGGCAGAGGUUUGGCUUGAUGCAGCUUGAUAAAAAUAUGUACCAUCCUAUUGGUUCCUGGGAUAGCAAGGAACACCUUCUACAGUCUGUUGGGAUUCUAACAGAAAGAAUUAAGGCAAUGAAGAGGAAAUUUCCCACCUGGAAUACAGCUCAGCAGCUGAAAGGUGGUCUGACUGCUUUUAAGUCGGGGAUGGAAACUAUUGUCACUCCUGCAGACAUAGACGGUGACUUAGUGGAUGAUGUCCUUGCCCGGGCCAAAUUCUAUAAGAGACAUGGCUUCUAGGUAGAGCGAGUUACGCCGGUGUGGUACUCAGCUGGUCCCUCCCAAGGUUUAAUAUUAGCCCACUGCAUUCAAUUGGAGCAAAGAAAUGGUUAAAAUUAAUGAAAGAAAGUUUGUCUUCAAAGUAUUCCAUCAAAGUAAGCUAAAGAAAGGAAGGAAAGAAGGAAGGGAGGGGAGGAUGUACAACUGUUUAGUUUCUUGAGUUCUUGCCUAGCACCUGCAAGGCCCCAGGUCCCGUCUUUAUCACAAAGAGAAAAACCCAGCUUCACGUAUGGUUCAUAGGAAGACUGCAUAGACAUACAUAUAAUUUCUUGGUGGUUAGUAUGAUUAUCAUAGCACACGGCAUGUGCAUGAUCUAGCUGGACUUCAUUUUAGCCCUGGAUAUUAUCUAUACUUACCACCCAUCAUCUUUAUCAUCACCUAUACUCUACCACAAUUACUAAUCAGAAGUGAGCCUUUGUCCCUUUCACAGUAUCUACCCCAGCUGCUUGGGACUCUGCUCAUGAGAUGUGUUUGUCUCAGAGGCCAGGAAUCAUGGAUUUGGAGACAAGGUCUCGCUCUAUAUCCCAAGAUGUCCUCAAACUCGUAGAAGUCCUCCUGCCUCGGCUUCCCAAAUUAUGACAUUACAAGUAUGGGGCCCAUACUCAUUGUGUAAUCAAUUCUUAGGAUUUGACAAGAGCCCAGCUUUACCAGCUAUUUAUUAAAUAUUGUUCUUGUCCCUAUAUGUGUGCAGACUGAGACGUUCUUCAGUUGGCCAUGCUGCUCAGGGGUAAUUUCUUUUGGAUUUUCCCCUGGAAGCAUUAGUUUCACCAGCAUCAGCCCUUUUGAUGUUACUAUGGCAAUGAUAACUAACGUGUAGGCCAGGUAUCUCCAAACAGGAAACAGUCACUGGCUUACUCCCUGAAUCUGUUUCCUCAGAGUUCUUGUUCUGACUGGCACACAGAGAUGUCCUAUAGGAGGCCACAUUGUAAAGAUGUCUUAGUUUGGCUCACUCUAAACUAGACCUGUCACAAGAAUGUGGGUGUAAGCAGGAAAAACUGUUAUAAAGUGGCUCCGUGAUACGAAAUUAGAGAACAGCAAAACAUGUGGCACCAAGCUACUACCCUAGUUGGCAAUGGGACUCCGCCUUGCAGGAAAGCCAUGAGCAUUUACCACAGAUCUAUCUGCACAGGUGCAGGACUGGAGUCUGCACAGCACCUCUGAAAGCCACUGGUUGAGGUACCUACCUGUAGGGAGAGGGUGUCAUUUCUUGCUAGUCUGAUGUGCUAAACAAGUACAAAUGUGGAACCCUUGUCUAAAUUUCCAAGAGUGAGAAGCUAGGGGCACAGACAGGAAGAGCGAGUGAGAAUCCUGAGGUACAUCUGCUGCAUCUGCUUUAGGAGAGAGGAAGCAUCACUCCAGAGCUUCCUGUUUCCAUCCCGACUGAACAACGUGUUACAAAUAGUCUUAAAUACACAAGCCUUCCUGUUCAUGUGCCAGGCUUCUGCAGAAUCUAUUAGAAUGGACUGUUGGAACCAAUAGAACUAUCUCGGUCUUCAUCCUCCUUCCACCAGUAGCUCAACAGCCAACUCCCAGAAAUCUACUGAGAACUAUGCCUAAGAUGUUAACCCAAAUGUCCAUUAAAUUGCCUUGCAUCU